UUUUAAGGGAGCUCAUCACCCAAGAACUCCAAAGUUAAGCGUGCUUGCACGGGAGUAGUCUUGGGAUGGGUGACCCCCUGGGAAGUUUCUCAGGGCGCGCAUGAGUGAGGACAAAGUGCGCGGAAAAGGCUAGUGGCGGUUUGUGAGGACAGUACUAAAGGUCAGAAGUAACUACCUCGGGUCCUACGGGGCCGGGGUGUUACACCUACCGCACCACCCCUCGGCGAGCAACAGGUGAAACACCCUUCUCCCUCUGCUACGGGUUUGAAGCCAAAGCUCCUACGGAAGUCACCCUUCCUACCCGGAGGGUGAUCCAAUAUGACCCCGAGGUCAACGACAGCAACAUGGCCCUCGACCUCCACCUCCUUUCAGAACGUCGGGAGCAAGCCUUCAUUCGGGCAGAAAACUACCGAAGGCAAGUCAAAAGCUACAUCGACGCCAAGGUUCGCACCCGAGAAUUCCAAGUGGGGGACUAUGUCCUCCGGAGGAGGGAAGCCAGCCAACUGACCGAGGGAGGCAAAAUGGCACCAAAGUUCGAAGGUCCCUACAUCAUAGCAGCCAUCAUCAAACCUGGGACUUACAAGCUCAAGCGCCCCAACGGGAAAGAGGUCCCCAGGCACUGGAAUGUACACCACUUAGUUAAAUUUUAUCAAUAAUGUAAGAGCGGCCAAG